AUGACGACAGACAAUGCUGAAUACCACAAGUCGUUCUUGGCUUCCGUAGAGCGGAACCAAAUGCAUAUAUCGAGACUCCUUCUCACCAGUCUCUUUGCGUUGAACAUGUUCCAAGCAGCCCAGCCAUAUACCUCCAAGUUCAUCAGUUUGCAGUACGAGGAGUCCCUGGACCCAUUAUUGUACGGCAUUGGCAUCGACGAUACCUACUACGUGGUCACCUGGGUGAUUGGGCUCACCUUUCUUAGAUCGUUCCUCAUGACGUGGUGCUUUAGCCCGUUCUCGUCAGUCGUAUUGCACAUCCACUCUCGCAAGGCCAAGGUCAGGUUUGCAGAGCAGAGUUGGUCGUUUGUGUACUACACCAUCUCGUUCCUUUUCGGAGUGUACCUCUACAUCGGGGCCCCCUACUACAACAACAUCGACAACCUCUACAUCGCAUGGCCCCACGACCACUACACCCACAUGUUCAAGACGUACUACCUUGCCCAGGUAGGCUUUUGGAUCCAGCAAAUCUUUGUGUUGAACGUGGAAGAACGCAGAAAAGACCACUACCAAAUGUUCAGCCACCACAUCAUCACCUGCUUGUUGUUGAUCGGAUCGUACUACUACCACUUCACCAGAAUCGGCCACUUGAUCCUCAUGAUCAUGGACUCCGUCGACAUCUUUUUGGCCGCAGCCAAGAUGCUCAAGUAUGCCGGCUUCUCCACCAUGUGCGACAUCAUGUUCCUUAUGUUCUUGGUGUCGUGGAUAGUAUUGAGACACGGGGUUUACAACGUGUUGUUCUACCACGCCUGGUUCUACUCCACUGACUUGAUGCUGGACGGUCAAUGCAGUGGCGUUCCCCAGACCACCAGAUGCUGGACUCCUACCGUGAUCAAGGCGUUCUUGGGCUUGCUAGGAGGCCUCCAGAUCAUUACUAUUGUCUGGAUGUACUUGAUCUUGAAGGUAGCUUACAAGGUUAUCACUGGAAAAGGUGCAGAGGACGUCAGAUCUGACGACGAGGACACCGACCACGAAGGCGAAUCCAAACCAAAGGCUGACACUACCUCUGAUUCCGAAAAGGAAAAGGCCAAGGUUGAAAAGACAGUGGCUGCUAGCGAAGCAUCUGAUGAUUCAUCCACCACAGAUCUUGACGAACCGUCAGAAAAGUUGCAAGAAUAG